AUGGAAUCCUCUUUCAACGCCGUAGAGCUCCGGGAGCUGCGUGGCGGAGGAGGCCGGGUCACGGCGCCCUGGACAGCGGUCGCAGUGGGCAGCUCCGCCCGAGGCUUCGAGAACGGAUCCUACCAGGAGGACGAGGAGCAGAACCAGCACCAGCAGGAGGAGGAGGAGGAGGUGGAGGAGGUGAGCUGCCCGCCUUCAACUUCAGGCAACAGCAAGCAUCAGCAUCAGGAGCUCUGCCCUCAGUCCUACGAUGAGGAGGAAGGAGGAGGAGCGCAGGAGGACGGAGGUCAGGACUUCACCGAGAUCAACCCGGCCGACGACCACUCGGCGGAUUACGGCUUCGUCUUCGCCCUGGUGUUCCUGGUGAGCGGGAUCGUCCUGGUGGUCAUCGCCUACACCAUCCCCAGGGAGGCCAGAGUGGACCCGGACUCGGUGUCGGCCCGGCAGAUGGAGAAGCUGGAGAUGUACUACGCCCAGCUGGGCUCCCACCUGGACAAGUGCAUCAUCGCGGGCCUGGGCCUGCUGACCCUGGGGGGGAUGUUCCUGUCCGUGCUCCUCAUGGUGUCCAUAUGCCGCGGCGAGAUGUACCGGCGUCGGGCGGCGUUCGUACGACCCAAGAGGACUUACGGCUCCAUCAACCUGAGGAUGAAGCAGCUGGCGACAGGAGAGGCCGGAGAGGGCGGGGACGGAGGGGAGGAGUUCCUGGUGGAACCCGCAGAGACUCGGAAUAACAUCCAGCCGGGAGCGAGCCGGGACUCCAAAUCUGAACCGGUCAGAAACCCUCCGAGUGCUUCUUCUUCCUCUUCUUCUUCUUCUUCAGCUGCUGCACACGGACUCAACUAG